AUGGACAUUGGCAUUAACGCGUCCACCGAUGCAGUUGGCUCGGGAAGCUUGUCGGGCAACCAUAGUGUCUCAAGUCGCGCUUCUCUAAUCUUUGCUCUCAGCUUUGGCGCAGCGCUCGUGGGUUGGCACUACUUCUUCGUGGCAUCUCCAAAGAAUGGAGACGCCAAGGAGCCGCCCGUAUCGAGGACCCUCAUUCCCAUUUUCGGGCAUCUUCUAGGCUUCUACAGACUUGGUGUCUCGUAUAUGGAGACGCUGCGCCGUCAAACGUCAUGGCCAGCAUAUACCAUGAAAGUCUUGAACAUGAAGACAUAUGUCGUCACAUCGCCAGGAUUGUCCCACGCGGCGCUGCGGAGUCGUCACAUGUCGCUCGAGCCGCUCAGCGCCACUGUGGCCGCGAGAAUGCUGGGUCUUAGCAAGAGCGCUAAUCGCCACCUCGGCGUCGACGAGAAUGGCAAGUUCAUCGGAUCGGAUGCCCUGACGGAGCGUCGCCUCGAGUUCACCAGGAUGCUCUCGACAGGCAGCGCGACCCUCGAGGAGCCCAGCAGAGUGGCGUCUAGCGCUGUCGCUUCGUCUGUCAACACGGUCGGCACGGACUGGCAAAGCCGCGACCUGUUCAAGUGGCUUCGCGACGUUAUCACCAUGGGAACCGUGUCAGGCCUUUACGGCCCCAAGAACCCCAUUGCCCUCGACCCGAGCUUGGCCGAGGAUAUCUGGAUCUUUGACGAGAACCAGCUGCGACUUAGCAUCUGGGGCUUUAUGCGGAACUGGGUUGCGCCGGCUGGCGUGCGCGCGGUGAACAGCAUUUCCGCUGCGUUCGAAACCUAUGUGCAAGAGGGACGUCACCAGUUCGCCAGCGAGGCAGUGAAGUCGACUAUUGCAUCGGUGCUCAGUCGGGGCAUCAGUCCCAAUGACCUCGCCCGGCUUGAGGUGUUCAACAUCUCGGUGGCGACGGUCAACACUGUUCCGACGACCGUGUGCAUGAUUUACAACAUCCUGGCCAAUCCCAAGCUGCACGCAGCACUGCGAGACGAGAUCAAGGAUGUUGUGAGCGAGGUAGAGUCUGACAACAGCAACAAGAAGAAGAUGCAAAUCGACAUAUCAGCAGCAACCAAGACCUUGCCGCUGCUGGUGGCAUGCUACCAGGAGGCGCUGCGCAUUGGGAGCACCCCGACGUGCAACCGGGCCGUGCUGAAGGACACGGUGCUGGAGGACCCGGAGUCGGGGGUAAACAUUUUCAUGCGCGCUGGGGGCCGCGUGUCCAUACCAACCUUCAUGCUGCACAGCCGCGACCAGAUCUGGGGCGGCGACGCGACCAGCUUUGACCCGUGGCGCUUCAUGCCGGGCGGCGCGGCGGCCGACACCAAGGGUCGCGUGCGCGAGCAGGGCUUCGUGCCCUACGGCGGCGGCGUCCACCUGUGCCCCGGCCGCCACCUGGCCAAGACAGAAAUCCUCGCCUCGGGCGUCCUCAUGGUCAUGGCCCUCGACUUCCGCGCCGAGCGCGACGGCGACCACAUCGAGGCCCCCGCCUACGAGGGCACCACGGGCGCCAAGAAGCCCAUCGCCCGCACUGUUCGCAUCCGCCGCCGCGAGGGCUGGGAGGAUGUUGAGUGGAGCGUCAAGAUUUGA